AUGAACAUUCCUCAAACUGAUAAUUCCUCAAAGUUAUGCUCGCUUGUGGCUUCUGUGGCUGGGCGUAUCGGAAACCAGGGAAUCGUACCUGUGAUGUCAACUGUUCUCAAGCAAGCCGAUGAAGACAUACUCAUAUCUGUGGAGAACGAAGCAUUUUUAGCAUUGAGGAAGAAGUGUUGCCAGCAAGAGAACGAACUCGAGGCGUUGCGUGCAGGCUCAGCAGAAUCUCGACAGAUGGAACCUCGAGCUCACUCAACUGGCAGUGAUGAUUCCAGCGAGACUGAGUGGGUGAAGAGCAUCAAGUACAUUGUCAAACGGUCUCGCACUCACCGUGGCCUAUACUGGAUCAACCGUUUUCCGUUCAAGAGGGUAAAAGGGCCCUACGACUUUGAUUCUCGCGACGAAACCUUGAAUGAAUAUCGAGAACGCAUGAAGCAACUGGGAGUUACAGUAUAG